AGGUUGCCUGGGAAACGGCCGCAUGGCAACAGGAUCAGAGCCGGGGGGUUGUCUGCUGCUAGCUCUGCUCCCGUUUCCUCACUAGUCACUAGAUGGUGUGCAAGCCACUGGAGAGUCGGCUUCCUCCCGCGGUCAGGUUCCGUUCAAAACAAAGCUGGGAUACUACACGGAACGCCAUUUCUCGGGGUUUUCGAAGAGGAUUAUUAUAUUUUCAUCCAGAUAUUUAUAUUUUUAUUUUUGAUAAGGGCGCGGAUCGUGCUCCACUCGGCGGUGAUGGACAUAAUGAUUGCAGUGCAGGAUGCGUGCGUCUCCGGUCAGUGGCUCACCGCUAUAAUUCUCAGUCUUUGCUGCUUUUUACCGUCGUGUUUGCCCGCUGGACAAACUGUGGACUAUGCGUCCAGCGAGAGUGUGGUCAGCAGACAGGGAGACACCGCGCUGCUCAGAUGCUACCUGUUGGAUGGAAUCUCAAAAGGAGCAUGGUUGAAUCGUUCCAGUAUCAUUUACGCAGGGAAUGACAAGUGGUCAGGGGAUCCUCGCGUGUCCAUCGUAUCAAAUGUGGGGGAUAAACAUGAAUACAGCUUACAGAUACAGAAAGUGGAUAUAACGGACGAGGGCUUGUAUACCUGUUCGAUACAAAGUGAACGUAAUCUACGCCCAAAGCUCAUCCAGUUAAUUGUAAAAGUUCCUCCCAAAAUCUAUGACAUUUCAUCGGACAUUACGGUAAAUGAAGGCAGCAAUGUUUCACUCAUCUGCUCAGCCAGUGGGAAACCAGAGCCCAAAAUCUCUUGGAAACACAUCUCCCCAUCAGCCAGGAAGUACGAAAGUGGGGAGUAUUUAAAUAUCACAGGCAUCACUCGGGAUCAAGCAGGGGACUAUGAGUGCGGCGCUGAAAACGACAUUGCUUCACCCGAUACCAAGACCGUGAGAGUCACAGUCAACUUUCCUCCAGCAAUUCAUGAGAUGAGAAGUCAUGGGGUCCGACCCGGUCAGAUUGCCCUGCUGAGAUGUGAGGCAGCAGCAGUCCCCUCUCCAGUCUUUGAGUGGUACAAGGGAGAGAAAAGGAUUAACAUGGGCCAAGGAAUAGACAUCAAGAACCUCAGCUCCAGAUCAGUUCUCACAGUAAAGAACAUGACACAGGAUCGCUAUGGCAACUACACCUGUGUGGCCGUCAACAGGUUGGGAACAGCCAACGCCAGUGUGCCUCUGAUUCCAAUUAUUGAACCCACAACAACUAGUGCUGUCUCAAGUCCAGCACCCAACACCGCUCCGUAUGGAAGUACAGGAGGCGCUGAAGUCCUGCUGGCCUGCCGGUACCUGAUCCUGGCUCUCUCCUCUCUCAUCAGUAUUUACUAGACCUGGGGAUGGCCAUACACAAUGACUGUAUAGAACCCUUUUGAGCAUUUACAGAUCCUUUGACAUUGCUGAUGGCUGGAUCCAAUCUGGUACAGUGUGUUUGGAAAGCAGCGAGGGAUUUAAUCAGCAUUGCUUAUGUUAGGAUGGCAAUUUUCUUCUGUGGUGUUUGUCAUCAUGUAAAUACAUAAUGGUUUUAGAGGUUUGGGUUUCUUUCUCUUGUCUUAUUUUCUAUUCUUUUCUUUUCCUGAUUUCCCAAUUUGUGAAUCAGCACACAUUGUCCCCUUUGAAUGCUCACAAAUUAGCUGAAAGCACACUUUGGAAAAGUGAGGGUGUGUGACAUUAGUGUCUUUGUUAUUGUAAAAGGAAAGACACCGUAGUGUGCCACCUUGCUCUCUGUGCUGGUACAUCAUUCUCAUACCCAUAAACCCGGCAAAGUGUUUAAGUAAUGUGGUUUUUGCCAAGCUCAUUUAAAUCCAGUGAACCGAGAAACACUGUUUAGGAUUUCACAAAGGAGAGAUAUUGAAUUUGAUAUCAGAAGUGAUACAGUCAAAGGUGAAGUGAACAACUGAAGAGCAACUUUAGUUUAAUACGCUAAUGUGCAGGGUUUUUCCACUGACAGUGAAAUAUGAUUAUGGACCAAAACUACAGCCAUACCUCAAUGGUUUAGACCUCUGGGCUAUAGACUCCAAUUGCAUUUAACUGAAUUAUGCAGAGUACGAUCAUCAACCUUUCAGUACGAUCAUCAACCUUUCUAGUUAUUCUAGAAAUACAUAAAUUAGUUGUUUUACUGCAGGAAAAAAUCCUAGAUUGCACUCGAGAUUAAAAUAUGUAAAUGUAUGAGAUAAAUUUGCCACUUGUAAAACUAUUUGUGAGCCUAAUUGUAAAAUUACAGUGAGCCUCAUACAGUGGUCAAAAGGUUCUAAAACAGAAAAGCAGAGUUACAGAGCUGACCUUUCUGCCCCGAGGGUCUUUACAAUGAGAGCUCUAAUAUAAAAAAGGAAUGGAGAAAAUGCCUGUUUUGCAUUUGAGAUUAUAUAACAUUUUAUAUAUAUAUAUAUAUAUAUAUAUAUAUAUAUAUAUAUAUAUAUAUAUAUAUAUAUAUAUAUAUAUAUAUAUAUAUAUAUAUAUAGCACAUAAAAGACAUUCUUUAGUUGUCAGCAUGCAAAAUAAUGUAACAGGCCUAUCCAAAGUAAAAACUGGAGGGAAAGCAUUAGAAAGUGUGUCAUAUUUGAUGUGCACUUUGAUUAAAUGACGAAUUUAUGAACAGUGUCUAAUGGAACUGAUCAUUCAAAUCAUUAUUGUUUUUUUUCUUUAAUUUUAUGCAGUAUGUUUUAUGGUUGUAAUAAUUUGAACAAGAUUUUUCUAAUGUAUUAACAUAUUACCUGCUUUGCUUCUGUCAGUGUGAAAUAGUUUUGAAUAGGGAAGCAGAAAAAAAAGAAUAUGCACUUCCCUUGUGGGGACAACAUGAAACUUUCAAGUGUGGAUCCAAACAUGUGAAUGAAUAUUAUUUCAAAAUACGUAUGCAGUAUGGCAUAGUUUACAAUGUUGUCUUUUUUUUUAUUUUAGAUGCCACAACUGUUGUUGAUUCUUGUCAAACGAGUAGAAGUUGGAAAAAAGAACCGUUUGUAAUCAAAUAAUCUACUUUUAACUCAGAGGGUGUGAACCAGUCAUACGGUAAUAUAGAAAACGAGUCACAUGUGUGUAUAUUCAAAGAAAGUAGAAUUAAUUUUAUCUUAUUGGUAGAGCCAGUGUCUAGGUUUAGUUUAACCUCUACCCUAGUUCCCACACACUUAUUGUAUACUAAGAUGUGCAGAAUUAUAAAUGUGCUGCAUGUCAAAUUAAUAUGUAUGUUAAGGUGGCCACUUACCAUAAAUUGAUAAUUUGAGAAAAAAAAAAACAGUUUCGAGGCUGCUUUGACUUAAUGAGAUGUGUUCCACACUACUGAACAUCACUUGGCCUGUCUGUUGAGCUACGAUGAAAUGUUUUUUCUUUGUGAAAAUCAUCACAGACUCAUUUCUGCUCAGUGUGCAAUACUGGGUCCUUUCCUAUGGACUAUAUUAAGGCUAUUUGGUUAAGGUGUGACAAGUUUACAUUCUUUUGUUUUGUAUAUUAUUUCUUGCACAAACUAUAUUUUCAGUGACAGGAAGAGACUGAAUACUUCACACUUACAACAAAUAUAUUCUGUUGUACUCAGUCACAGAAUAAUAUAGAUUUUACUUAUACGUCCCUUUCCGUAUUACAGACCUGAAAGCCUCAAAGAUCAAACCGAGGGAUGUUUAAAUAUUCAUCGCUGUGAAGGCCUGGCUCUCGCCGUUGUUAUGUAAAAAGUAACAUUGCACUUGCUUAUCAUUACCACAAACCUCCAUAAUCGCAGAUUAACACCAAUCACUUUGACAGUUAAAAAAGCUGCAUUUCAUUUCAACAUGAAAUAACAUUUUGAGUCAACUCUAGAAGCAAGUACUGUAUAAAAUGUGCCUUUAAAAGUAUUCAUUGAUAUGAUCUGUUGCCAUUCCGUGUCGAUUGCCAUGUCUAAGCCUAAUAAGCAUUUGCCAUGCAUACCAGACAAAUCAGUGUUGUGCAGUAUUUCUGGCUUCUUUCAGUCCAAACUAAAAGCUAAUGAAAGAUUCUAGACGCUUUUUUUUAUGUCUACCAAUUUUGAGUUCCAUAAAGAUAUAAAGUAGCACAUGCUCUUUUAAUAAAUAUUGUGAAUGAAACGUUAACAAAGAGCUCAUUAAAGCAUCAUUAAAACUGCAUAAGUGGAUAUCAAGAUAAAAAAAGCAGACAAGAGCAUUCAUGCAUGCAUAAUUCUCCUGAAAGUUACAGCCUUUCAAAAGAGUCUGUAAAUAACAGGCAAAUGUGCUGCAAAUUUUCACUCUUAGCAUCUAAUGACUUGAUAAUCACAUUCCUGGACAUGCAUUAAUAUUCAAUGAAAUUUCUCACGUGAGCCAAGCACUCAUACGCAGAGUUGUGACAGGUAAGCGGAACUUGCGUGGUGCCAGUGGUCAUGAAAACCCGGUAGUCCAGUGCUAUUUUCAAAUGGGUUCAAAUUAUUGCAAGCAGCACGGUAUGUUUUGUCCCGAGGAGACCCCUUGGGUUCUAACACCUUCCCAGAGUACUCGCCAUGUGAUAUGAGGCAGUCAUUUUGGUACUUUUUUAAAUCCUAUGAGCACAUAUCAGUAAAAAAAAUCUUUGGUGGAUGUGUAACCACCCGUGUACGGUCCAAAAAAACCAAACAUUUGAGAUACUUCAUCUCCUAUCUCGAGUGAAGCUGCUGGCAAGACAAAAUGAAGGUGGUAGGCAGUAUUUUUUUUUUAAUGAUUAAAAACCUGCCAGCUCCAUCUCUGUCUUGGCCAGACUCUUUUGAAAGUCGGUUUGAGAGUGCUGUGUGUGCGGUCAGGGGAGGUGAUUCUUCUGACCUGGCAGUUAAUAAAAUUCUUCCUGUGCCUUUGUCAGUUUCUGGAGGAUGAUUUUGUGGAGUGCUGGAGGGUGCUGCAUUAACCAGCUGUGAGCGCUCACUCUCCCAGCAGCACUAUGGCUGGGCUGACGGUAAUCUACAUAAACCUCUGUCCUUUUCAGAAUGCUUGGCAGUAAUUGCAGUUUUGCAGCAUUCUAAUUGACUCCAUGGAGCACCAUAAAGAACAAAACCUAUAAUCCUUUGCAAAGUCCUUUUGGUUUUCAGCCAUUGUGUUAAACCUUCAAAUGAUACGAAACUGAUGACAAAUGAAGUGGCCGCCAUGACUGUACUUAGCUGGUAGGAACGUUCAUUGGCAAAAUAUUUGUCUGGAUAAUAAAGUGGCUGCCAAAACGAGAAUGAGUGAAUUCUAAAGCUUUUUUUUUUCUUCUUCGCCAUGAAGUGUUUGUCAGCCCUCUCACUCAUUAUUUUCAUUGAGCUGGAAAAUAAGUUAGCCAAGCACUGAUGCAGUGGUUCUGAUAAUGCUAAGGUUUUAGCAGAGCUCUCUUACACUGAGCUCUGUUUGAAACCACCGAUUGUGUCUCAUCAGGAGAAAUGUUUAACGUGAAAAGCAAGGGAUCAAUUUAGAAUGCAAGUCCAGGAUUUUAUAAAAACACACCGUUCUCUUUUAUUCACUGUUAUGUCUCAUUAGAUGUUGGUUGGCCUGGUAAUUGUUGCUAGCUGUUUUGAAUGGCAUGGGCUAUUUGUGUUGACAUUGUUCAUAUCUUAAGCAGUUAUUUUGUGAAGUGGAAUAAGUCCACCAGUGAAACCAACCGUCUGCUUCUGAGUAAUUGAGCAGAAGAGGACACCCACCAGAACGAUCCAAAUUUACACUAAUUCUUUUUGGAAACAUUUGGUGAGCUUUGGUUACUUUUAGUAUAUACAUGUUUGUUUGAUUUCGGUACUUUUUAUUUUGUUUUGUUCAAUUUGGUGACUAAGUAAAAUGGACAUUGUAACCAUAUUGGGAUGGCUGUAAUUUUAUUUCCUCAACUCUUGAAGCUGAAAUUUCUGUGAUGCGAAAUUUGAAAUGGUCAUCUUUACUUACAUGUGUAUGGAGAUACUUUACCCGCCAGGGAUAUAGUUGUAUAUUUUAGGCUCUAGAUUACUGGAAUGACAUAUAUGGCUUUAAGUGGCAUUGAUAUAUAUUGAUAUUUGUCAAGAAAAAAAAAAGAAUCAUAUACUUUAAUUACUUUAAAGCUUACAUUGUGUAUAGCACGUAUGCAAGUUCAUUUUCAUCAUGUUUGAUGUAAUUUUGUAGCAGUGGUUUGAUACUAAUAAAGUUGGAAGUUGGUGAUGGAACUCUGAAA